AGCUCUGGGGAAAUAUUUUUUGGAUAUCUGUGAUAGAGAAUGGAACAUCAAAUCGCUUCAAAUGCCCAAUUUGGUUAACAUCAACUUCUAUGGAGAAAUACCCAACUCGCUUUUAGAGUGUAUUCCCACACAGAACCAUGUAUUCUAGCUGAAUGAGAAGUGGCGAGAUUGCUUCUUCAUUUUCACUUGUUUGGCUUAAAUGUUUCAAGCACAAAAAUAGCUGUUAUAGGGGUGCAUCUGUUACAUUUACAUGUAUAAGUAAUAAGAGAAACUUUAGUAAUAAUGAUUAUUUACCAAUUAUCAGAGAAUCUAAUACAAGUAGCCAUGCUCCUAAUAACCGCUCUAGAGAAUCGGGUUCACUCGGUGGCAUGUUAAAAUACAAAUCCGUUGAAAAUUAUCCAGUCCUUCGAGCAAGCUGCCUUCAACACUGGUUUAAAAAUUGGCAAACACUUAGGAGAAAUAAAUUGACAGCUAGCACUUUUGCUGCUGCAAUUGGAUUUUGGCGUCAGCGAAGGGUUCAGCUGUGGUUAGAGAAGCUUGGUGCUAUUGAACCGUUCUCUGGAAACCUUGCCACCUGUUGGAGCAAUAUCAAAGAGGGGGAUGCACUUGAAAGAUACAAACUGAUUACUGGAAAUACUGUGUUGUUCCCUCAAUUUCAGGUCUAUGAUGCACACCCAGAAGACAACUGGCUAGCUGCUUCACCGGACGGUGUAAUUAAUGGGAUGGUGUAUGAGUUGCCUUCUCGUGGAGUACUGGAGAUAAAGUGUCCAUAUUUCGACGGGGACAUAAGGAGAGCCUUCCCUUGGUCUCGAAUUCCAAUUCACUACAUUCCUCAAGCUCAGGGUUUAAUGGAGAUUCUGGGAAGGGAUUGGAUGGAUUUUUAUGUUUGGACUCCUAAUGGAAGUAGUCUAUUCAGGUUGUAUCGUGAUCUAGAGUAUUGGGAUGUAAUGAAAAUAGCACUAUCUGAUUUCUGGUGGAAGCAUGUCCAGCCAGCAAGAGAGUUGUAUUGUAGUAAUGAGAUAACAAAUCCCCUUUUUGAAUUAAGAUCCCUGAGACCAGCUCGUAGACAUGAAUUGUGUACAUAUAUAGUUUAUAAAAGCAAACACAUUGUUGAUAAUUCUAAGUUGUUGAUGCGGGAGAUACAUGGGAAGCUGCGAAUUGAUGUCUCCAGCUGUUAGAGGAGUGUCAUUGGAGCAGUAACAAAUUCUUUAUUAUAGGUUCCAUGAUAUUUGAUAGAUUUAAGGAGUUGAUUGUUAGAUGUAAUUAUUUGAAGCUGAAGAGUAGAGAGGGACAGACUUAAAAGGUUAUAAAAUGGAAUAUUAAUUGGCUGAAAGCAAUGGAUUUGCAUAUUCUAGUACCAUAUGGAAUGAAAUUAUAUUUAUCGUAAAGUGUAUCUAAAACACCCGGUCAAAUUGGCUGGCAGAAAAUAAAGGAGACAAUCGAGUGAAGGACAGAUAUUGUGACUUCACGGCAAUUUCAUAGUAAUUGUGUUUGGAAGUUCUGGUUUUGGAAACAGGGUUUGAUGUUGAAUUUCAUGAUCAACCCAAUGAUAGUGUUGAACAAAAUUUGUUGUUUGAGUUUCUGGUGUUAUGUAACAUACCAAGAGUUGUAGUUGGAGAAAAUUUGUUGUUUGAGGAAGAGUCUUGUGUUGGGAACUACCAAAUCAUGAAAGAAGCCUUUGUCAUGGGUAAGUUGAUCAUGCUUACUUUUUCACUGCAUAUCAUCGUGAUCAAGUUCAAUUCAAUCUUAAUGGUUGAUUAUUCUUGAUAAACCCCUCUAUAUGUUAUUGUUAAUUGGAUCAAGUUGGAGGAACAUUAAGAUGUGCCAAGGCAACACUUGACAUUUAGUUGUGUUAUAUUUUGCAGAUUGGAUUGGGAAGUAUUAUGAAUUUCUUAAAGCAAAUGAACAAUAUUCAAGGAAGAGAGGAGCCUGCAGAUCAUGAGAAGCAUGGAGAAUCAUUGGCAUAAGUGAGUAGAGUAAGUUGCUAUCUGUUCCCAUCUAAAUGUUAUGAUCAAUGCAGAAAAGUGAUGCCAUCAUGCCUAAUAAUUUCUUGUAUUAAACUGCAGAGGAGGAAGAUGUUCCAAAAAUAUGUCUGCUAGUGCCCUAUGGCACUGCCAAUGUUUGGCUGCAUGAUGAGAAAUCAGGACAACUUUUGGCUUUUGAUUUCUUAUGCAAAUCUUAACAGUUCACAUGCACAGUUAUGAAGAAAGAAGAAAAGCAUUAGAAAUCUUGGGAAGAGUUGCAUCUUGGCCACCAUUGCAUUUUCUUUGUGUUUGUUAUCAUCAGUAAAGUUUAGAAAACCACUUCUCCAACCACUAGGAUCCAAUUCACUGUGGCUUCCCAUCAUAGGAAUUUCCAAUUUUCUAUUGUUUGUAUCUGCUGCUUCUGUUAUGGCUGUUGUUAGUGUACGGUUCACUCUGACGAAUAUAACUGUUUUGCUG